AUGGCACCGGUGACGGAAGUCUCGCCGAUGAUUAACAAUUUAGAGGUCGGAGAUGACAAAAUGGCGAACCUCGCCUCCUCUGGAAAGCCUCCAAGGAAUAUCUCUGCAAUGCGCCAUUGCAAUAGCACUGCUUGGUUGAACGAUUCCGUUGGUUCAUCUCUUGAAGGAGACGAGAGAUUCGGUGAAAAGUCUCCGGAAGGAGUAAACGCCACAUUCCAGCCUGUGUUCAGAUCUGGAAGUUGUUCGGAUAAAGGGCCGAAGCGCACGAAGAAGGCAACAAGGAGUGCCUUUGUGAAGACGGAUCAUGCUUUGGCUGAUGCUUCCUCUCUCGACAGAUCCUCAGGGACAACCGCACUCACCGCCCUCAUCUUGGACAAGACCAUGCUGAUUGCGAACGCAGGUGACUCCAGAGCCGUGCUCGGGAAACGCGGCAGAGCCAUCGAACUGUCGAAGGACCACAAACCCAACUGCACUUCCGAGAGGCUACGCAUUGAGAAGCUUGGAGGUGUCAUCUACGAUGGCUACCUUAACGGUCAGCUCUCCGUGGCUCGAGCACUAGGAGAUUGGCACAUUAAGGGAACCAAAGGGUCACUCUGCCCGCUCAGCUGCGAGCCAGAGCUGGAGGAGAUUGUGCUUACGGAGGAAGAUGAGUUUCUUAUAAUGGGAUGUGAUGGACUGUGGGAUGUGAUGAGUAGCCAGUGUGCAGUGACAAUGGUGAGGAGGGAGCUGAUGCAGCAUAACGACCCUGAGAAAUGCUCUCAGGCUCUGGUUAAGGAAGCCCUCCAACGCAACAGCUGUGAUAAUCUUACUGUAGUGGUUGUCUGUUUCUCAAUGGAGCCACCUCCUCGGAUUGAGAUUCCCAAGUCGCAUAAGAGGAGGAGCAUAUCUGCUGAGGGAUUGGAUCUCCUCAAAGGUGUUUUGAAUGAUUUGUGA